AUGGCCUCUUUCAGCUCGUAUACAAUAUUCGGAGUCCUUCCUUGGCUCUGCCUUGCGCCCUUUCAAUACGGCUUUGCCAUUUCGCAAUUAAACCAGGUUCAGACAGCUUUAACAUGCAAAUCUGAUGCCGUCGGGAGUUAUGGCUUCCCUCUCUGCGUCCCAAUGGACGACACUCAGUUUGGUGUGAUUACGAGCAUAUUUACCGUCGGGGGAUUCAUAGCGAGCUUAUUCGCGAACCGAGUUACCGACCCGUACGGUCGUCGACCCGCGGUUCAGCUAAAUGCUAUCCUUGUGAUGUUAGGAUCACUCAUAGCGGCCACUGCCUCCUCUGUCCUUAUGCUGUCGAUUGGCCGUUUUUUCAUAGGUCUCGCGGCAGGACUUGGCUUAUGUGUCAUCCCGGCGUUCCUCUCUGAAAUCUCCCCUCCCAAGAUCCGGGACGCCGUGGGCGUAUUCAACCAACUCUCCGUUGUCUUUGGCAUUCUCACCACCCAAAUUCUCGGAUUUUAUUUUGCACACCCGGGCUCUUGGCGGACUGUUUUCGUCGUGUCCUUUGGGCUUGCAGUACUGCAGUUUCUCCUCGGCUUACGCUCCAUUGAAUCCCCUGCAUGGCUCUCUGCAAACAGUCGAAAACCCGAGGCCCGUGCGGUGACUGCGAGAUUGUGGAAGGCGGACGGGCUUCUUGCCGAAGGUAGGCCGUACGACGAGGACGACGUCGAAGAGGCAUUGCUUCGCCAGACCGAGCCAGUUCCGACACAAGAACAUCCAGCUGCAACCAUCCUGCAGUGCUUCAAGAUUCCAGAACUUCGAGUGCCACUGCUCAUUGUUUCAUUGGGCAUGCUUGCACAGCAGUUGUCUGGUAUAAACGCUGUCAUGUACUACAGUACUGGCAUUCUGUCUCGCGCGCUACCUGACGCUGCUUCGUACGUCUCGCUUGGCGUAGCGGUUAUUAACGUCAUCAUGACCUUCCCUCCUAUUUUCUUGAUCGAGCGAUACGGCCAAAGACGAUUGCUGCUCUGGUCUGUGAUCGGUAGCAUCUUCUCCGUCUUCAUACUGGGUAUUUCUCUCAAUUAUAAUCUCAAUACGGCGUCCGCGGUCGGCACUCUCGUGUUUGUGAGCUGCUUCGCGUUUGGCAUGGGCCCAAUUCCAUUCAUCAUUAUUCCAGACGUCUCACCACUCUAUGCGGUAUCCGCACUUUCAUCCAUCUCACUAUCGAUAAACUGGAGCACAAACUUUGUCAUCAGCCUUGCCUUCCUCCCAUUACGAAAUUGGCUCGCGGGCCCAGAUGGUGAAUGGGCAGGAAACGUCUUUUUCGUAUUCGCAUUUCUCCUCACGGCGUCAUCCAUCGCAUUCUUCAGAUACUUUUAA